AUAAUAAUGAUGUAUUUGGCAAAUCAAAUACUAUCGUUUAAUAACAAACUAUUCGGAUUGAUUGAUAAUAUUAGUUGAUCAUUUUUUGAAAGAUUCUUGUGAAGUGAAAGGUUUCGUUAACUACUAAGUAUAGUAGUGUCGAGUAGAUCUGGUUGUUGCGAUAAUUCUUAAUUCAUGAGUUGUAGGGAGGGAUUUAUGUCACCACAAACAGAGACUAAAGCAAGUGUUGGGUUCAAAGCUGGUGUUAAAGAUUAUAAAUUGACUUAUUAUACUCCUGAGUAUGAAACGAAAGAUACUGAUAUCUUGGCAGCAUUCCGAGUAACUCCUCAACCUGGAGUUCCUCCGGAAGAAGCGGGUGCCGCGGUAGCUGCCGAAUCUUCUACUAGUACAUGGACAACUGUUUGGACCGAUGGGCUUACCAGUCUUGAUCGUUACAAAGGACGAUGCUACAACAUCGAGCCGGUUGCUGGCGAAGAAAAUCAAUAUAUUGCCUAUGUAGCUUAUCCUUUAGACCUUUUUGAGGAAGGUUCUGUUACUAACAUGUUUACUUCCAUUGUAGGUAAUGUAUUUGGGUUCAAGGCCCUUCGCGCCCUACGUCUGGAAGAUUUGCGAAUCCCUAUCUCUUAUAUUAAAACUUUCCAAGGUCCGCCUCAUGGCAUCCAAGUUGAAAGAGAUAAAUUAAACAAGUAUGGUCGCCCCCUAUUGGGAUGUACUAUUAAACCAAAAGUGGGGUUAUCCGCGAAGAAUUACGGUAGAGCAGUUUAUGAAUGUCUUCGCGGUGGACUUGAUUUUACCAAAGAUGAUGAAAAUGUGAAUUCUCAACCAUUUAUGCGUUGGAGAGACCGUUUCUUAUUUUGUGCCGAAGCAAUUUUUAAAUCCCAGGCCGAAACUGGUGAAAUCAAAGGGCAUUACUUGAACGCUACUGCAGGUACAUGCGAAGAAAUGAUAAAAAGAGAUGUAUUUGCUAGAGAAUUGGGCGCUCCUAUCGUAAUGCAAGAUUACUUAACAGGGGGAUUCACUGCAAAUACUAGUUUGGCUCAUUAUUGCCGGGAUAAUGGACUACUUCUUCAUAUCCAUCGUGCAAUGCACGCAGUUAUCGAUAGACAGAAGAAUCAUGGUAUGCACUUUCGUGUACUAGCUAAAGCGUUACGUUUGUCUGGUGGAGAUCAUAUUCACGCCGGUACCGUAGUAGGUAAACUUGAAGGGGAAAGAGAUAUUACUUUAGGUUUUGUUGAUUUAUUACGUGAUGAUUUUAUUGAAAAAGAUCGAAGCCGUGGGAUUUAUUUCACUCAGGAUUGGGUUUCUCUACCAGGUGUUCUUCCCGUUGCUUCAGGGGGUAUUCACGUUUGGCAUAUGCCUGCUCUGACCGAGAUCUUUGGAGAUGAUUCCGUACUCCAAUUCGGUGGUGGAACCUUAGGGCAUCCUUGGGGAAAUGCACCAGGUGCCGUAGCUAAUCGAGUAGCUCUCGAAGCAUGUGUACAGGCUCGGAAUGAGGGUCGUGAUCUUGCUCGUGAGGGUAAUGAAAUCAUCCGUGAGGCGAGCAAAUGGAGUCCUGAAUUAGCUGCUGCUUGUGAAGUAUGGAAGGGGAUCAAAUUUGAAUUCCCAGCAAUGGAUACUUUGUAAUCCGGUGGUUACUGUUCGUUCUAGAUAAUUGCAAUUAAACUCGGCUCAAUCUUCAAAAAAGGAUUGAGCCGAAGACAAAGAUACUUAAUUUAUUGCAUAAACAUAAUAUAUCUUAUUUUUCUUUUUUAUUAUAUCCAUAAAGUUCUAUAUUCUAAUCGAUUAGAUAUAUCUUAUCUAUUAGAUAUAUAUUAGAGUCUAGAAAUGUAGAGUAUAUAAAUAAAUGGA